GUAGAAAAAUACAAACCCAUCCAAACGAUUGACCCAACAUGGUAUAACACAAUCACAACAAAAAUUACACCUCUUGAACUAGAGACCAUAAUCAAAGAAGCACCCAAUACAAAGGCCACCAAACCCUUAAGAAUAUUAAAUGAAAUGUUAAAACAUCUAGGCCCUCGAGCAAAAACUACAAUUCUAGAUAUACUCAACAACU